AUGCAGCACACCACGUGCACGGAGGACAGGAUCUACCACGCACUGGAAAGAUGUCUACAUGGGCUUAGCAGAGAUGCUGUCUCCAGCAGAUGGGCUGCUGGGCUGUGCCUGAACUGCUGGAGCCUGCAGGAGCUGGUGAGCCGAGACGCUGGCAACUACCUCAUCCUUGUGGAGAAGAUCCUUGGCAAGACCAAAGAGGUGCAGGAGAAGUGUGACUACGACCUCGUGACGCCCCUGGCUCUGCUCUUCUAUUCCACAGUCCUGUAUGCUCCCCACUUCCCGCCAGGCUCCGAUCUGCUCCUGAAAGCUGCCAGUGUGUACCACAGCUUCCUGACCUGGCCCGUGCCCUACUGCGACAUCUUUCGUGAGCUGCUCACCUUCAUCAGCAAUGAGCUGAAGGCUCCUGGGAUCUCUUUCCAGAGGCUGGUGAGGACAGAGCAGGGCCUACCUGUGAAGAACUACCAGAACUCCACUGUGACGGUGCUGCUGCUCAACCGCUCUGAGGUGAAGAGCGAGUUCCUCUCCAUCGCCAAGAAGCUGAGUGCCAGCGACCACCCGCAGCACUCCACACUCGUUGUGCUCCUCGAGCACCUCUACCAGGCCAACUUUGGCACCCACUGUGACCUGGACAACCUGCAUCACCUCUUGAGGUCCAAGACACUGGAAGAGCUCUCGGAGAUCUAUGCCAGCGCUGCUGAUGCACAGGAGAUCGCAGCUGCUAGCAGUGACCCGGUGCUGGCCCGGGAGCGGCUGCAGGCCAUGCUGCAGGACAUCGCUGGGGCUGCCUCCUUUCCUGCCAUCACAGGUGAGGCUCAGCCCCGCAAGCUCCACACCUUCCCCAUCCCUGCUGCUCGCUGCUACACAUACAGCUGGGACCAGGAUAACUUUGAUAUCCUCAAUGAUGUCCUCAGCAAAGAGUGCAGUGUUGUUGAGCCCACGGCCUCAGAGAACGAGGAGGGGGAUGAGGAGGAGGAGGAGGAGGAUGUGGAAACCGACAGCUGUUCCUCUGAGCAGGAUUCACUGCUUUCCCCCAUCUGUGCCAUUUCCAGUGACUCUGUGCACUCGGCGCUGUCAGAGGAAGGAUCUAAGCCCUCGCGAAUGUCGCUCUUCACCUCCUCCAAGGACUCCAUCUCAGAGCUGACAGUGGUCUCCAGAAAGUCCCUGAAGUCCUUUGUCUCCAGUCUGAAGGACUGCAUGGACAGUGGGUAUGUGGAGGACAGUGAUGAUUGCUCCCUAGACAUGGUAGGGAGGAUGGAGCUGAAGGUAGAGAAGACGCACCACAAAUACAGGCAAACACUGACCAACAAGAUCUAUAAACUGUUCAAGAGCAAAAGCCAGCUGGUCUUGAGGAGGGACCUGAAGGACUGCUCAGACACUGGCUUGCUCUCACUGCCUCUGCGCCGGGCCGAGAGCCUGUGCACCUCUCAGUCCAAGCAGCGCAUCCCGGCGCGCUCCCGGCGCGCUCACUCGCUGCCACAGCAUGUGCUGAGCCAGCGUCUGCCAGCCCUGCUGGUCCCACAGCACCUCAGCCUCCACCGGCGGCCCUUCCUUAGCUACGACGAGGACACCAAGGUGUCCACACUGCGUGUCGUGGUGUUCGGCUCCGACCGCAUCUCAGGGAAAGUGGCCCGAGCCUACAGCAACCUCAGGCUCAAGGAAAGCACCUGCCCAUCACUGACAAGGUACUUCAAGCUGCAGUUUUUCUACAUCCCUGUGAAGAGGAGCUGCUUGGCUCCAUCGACCCCCCUGAUGCAUCAUCUCUCCUCAUCCCUGGGGGACCUGCAGCUCCGGGCACAGGUAGGUGUCCUGCCUGCUGAUCCCACCUUGGCUGGGAUGGAGAGCAGCACCAACGACAUCUCCCACUACAUAGGCAUGUUAGACCCAUGGUACGAGCGCAACAUUCUUGGGCUGAUGAACCUGCCCAUGGACGUCCUGUGUCAGUCUGCCAAGCCGGAGUCCGAGCCCCAGGAGGACUCCCAGGAGCAGCUACCCAUCCUGGCAGACAUGAUCCUCUACUAUUGCCGCUUUGCCACGCGCCCUGUCCUGCUGCAGCUCUACCAGACGGAGCUCACCUUCAUUGGGGGAGAAAAGACGACUGAAGUCUUCAUCCAUUCCCUUGAGCUGGGCCACUCAGCGGCCACGCGGGCCAUCAAGGCAUCAGGUCCAGGCAGCAAAAGGCUGGGCAUAGAUGGAGACAGGGAAGCAAUCCCACUAACACUACAGAUUGCCUACAGCAAGGUGAGU